CUCGUAUUUCAGUUUACUUCAAGGUAUACACGAGCGGCGACCUCCUAGCCCGCGUUGCACCGGCACUCGAUCUUUAAUCGUGAUGAUUAAUAAACCGUUUUUUAUUAUCAGAAACACAAACUUUCUGAUUUAAAUAAUAAUUCAUUGAUUUGAUUAACGCAGACGAACCAUUUAAAAGAUUUACCAAUUUUCUAUUGAAGGUUUUUCUACUUCUUCUCUCUCAAGAUUGAAAAAAAAAAAUGUGUUACGAUUCCAAAAAAAAUUAUCUAAAUUAAAAUCAACAAGAAAAAAGUAUUAAAAAUCAGUAAUCAUUCAGUGCGUGGCUGUUCAGAAUUUGGAAAUCUUUUUUUUUUUUUGCAUCAAGAAGAUAAAGGAUCGAAGGACUUUUUGUCUCUAUGAGGUGAACUUCCGGUCCCAUCAUUUCCCAUUCAAUCCGUUUGCACGAAAAAGGAAUCGACUAUUUUCCCGCGCAGAAUGGCUCGACGGCUAUCGGCCCUACUGAUCGUUCUGUCUUGGAUGAAAUUAUCCAGAGGAGCGUUGGUUUUACCAAGACCACCGUCGUCCCCGAACGCGAUACCUCAUCAAUAUUUGACCGGCGGUGUGAGUAAAGUAUUUGACGGGAAAUUGUACAACGACAAACCGUCCUCUGUUUACCGUAUGACGCAAAAUAAUAUAAUGAGCACUACGAACGUGGAGAAACCGAAUACGGACGAUUACAAAUUUCUCGAAAUCGAACUGAGGGGUGGUGCGACCGGGGAGGGUAAAAAGGUUGGCGACGAAGAGGAAGAACGAAAAGAGGAACGGGAGGAAGCGGCGGCGUUGAAUUUCGGCGAAAUUUUGCGUCAGGUAUUUCACUCCAACGAUUUGUCGUCCAGGAUAAAAAACGCGGCCGGAUCGUUUGGCCUGAAACGAAAAUCGGGCGAAAAAUCACCCGUUCAACCAGAGACGGAAUUCAGCGACGGUGAAGAAUAUCAUUCCACCAAACUGUUGCAAAGUUUGAACGACAAACUUUACUAUUUGAAGAAAAAUAGAUCACGACCGGACACUGGCAACGAGAGACGAACCAGUUGGGAACCAAGAUCGUACUUGAAAUCUAUGCAAGUAACUAACGGCCCUAUCGUGGAUAAAAAUCUCUACGCUACCAAGAGUUUGCACUACAAUCGGCCGAAAAAGUACAUCGGCAAAAUUGAAAUGGUGACCGAUACGAACCCCGAUAAUCGAAUGACAUUCACCGGCGAAGAAAACUCCAGAUAUACCGACGAAGUUUCUUACGAAUCUGCAGCUAAUUUUUACACUACCGAAAAUUCACUGCCAACUUCCAGCGAAUUACCGAAACAAAUACCACCACCACCCAGUAGAGGCCCUAGUCAAACAAAUUUCGCACACACGACACCUGUGCUCAAAUACAUCUCACGAAGGACCGAUAUAUUACCUGGAUAACGAGCUCGGACGUAUUUGUAUAAGAGAAAAUUGAUAAAAUCUAUUAAUUAAUAUUGUCGACGGGCUUCGACGAUCUAAAUAUUAAUUAUCAUUGAUGAAAACAAUUUGCUACGAAAUAAUAAAUAAGAAAUAGCUGUAGCUGUGAUUAUAUUAUAUUGGAAUUAAGAUUAUCUCCUUACCUUGUUACAAUUAGUAUUAUUAGUAUUAUCAUUAUUAAUAAUUCGUACGAUAGUAUUUUGUACAUGACGUGGGGUGAACGUAUUCUCAGAACAUGUCCAAUUUACGUGGACUAGUAAUUUCGUAAUGAAAGGCAUAAUGUUGACUGUAAGCUUAAAAAGUUUUAAUAAAAAAUGUAUGACUCA